AUGGCUUGGCCUAAUGUCCCCAUCAAAGCCGCUGAAGGCAUCUCCUACUUCACUCCGGCUCAAAGUCCACCAGCAGGAACUGCCCGCAACCCCCAGACAAGCGGCAAGCCCAUUCCUAAGCUCUUCCAGCCCCUGACCAUCCGAGGCCAGACAUUCCAAAAUCGCCUAGGCGUGGCCCCGAUGUGCCAAUAUAGUGCAGAAGAUGGCCAUAUGACUGCUUGGCACAUGGCUCAUUACGGUGGUAUUGCCCAGCGCGGUCCGGGAAUGAUCAUCAUCGAAGCCACCGCGGUCGUUCCGGAGGGUCGUAUUACACCCGCUUGUGUGGGUCUGUGGAAGGACUCCCAGAUCGCACCCCUGAAGCAGGUUGUGGAGUUUGCUCACAGCCAGGGCCAGAAGAUCGGUAUUCAGCUGGCCCAUGCCGGUCGUAAAGCCUCGACUGUUCCCCCGUGGUUGGGCGGUGUUACCGCAACCAAUGCGGUGGGUGGCUGGACGGAGAAUGUCAAGGCCCCGAGCGCUAUUCCCUUCGCUGAGGGUGAUAUCGUUCCUAAGGAGAUGACCAAGGAGGAUAUUCAGGGGGUCAAGGACGCCUGGGCGGCUGCUACUAAGCGAGCUUUGGCCGCUGGCGUCGACUUCAUUGAGAUCCACAGUGCCCACGGGUACCUGCUUCAGAUGCUUGUUUCUGCAGUUGGUACGAUCAACAGCGGUGUUCUUGCUGAGAAGGUCCUCUCUGAGGAUGAUGUCGAUGUCAUCUUAGUCGGGCGUGCCUUCCAGCGUGACAGUGGUUUGGCCUGGGCUUUCGCAAAGGACUUGGACACUGAGAUUGCUAUGGCUGCGCAGAUCCGCUGGGGCUUCACUAGCUUCCGCAAUGCGUCAGAGUAUAUUCAGCCGAACUCGUUGAAGGCAUCGAUCUUUGACUAA